AUGCAAAAGUGUUACCUGGCCAGCCACACUGGUCAAAACAAAGUGGCCCUGAAGCGCAGGAGCUUGUAUGGCAGUCCAUACAGUCAGGUGGGCUAUGGGAGUCCGUAUGGCUCAAACACAGCUAACAGUCCGUACAGCAGUGGCUUCAACUCGCCCUCGUCCACGCCCGCCAGAGUCCCCAUCGUGAGACAGCAGCUCCUGCCCACAAAUACAGUUUACCAGCGUAACUCGUCAGCGGACAGGAACCCUCCAGCCGUGAGCCCACAGUCGUCUGUGGACAGUGAGCUGAGCACGUCGGAGAUGGACGAGGACUCUGUGGGCUCCUCCAACACGUACAAACUCAACGACGUCACCGAUGUGCAGAUACUCGCCCGCAUGCAGGAGGAGAGUCUGAGGCAGGAAUAUGCUGCCACAGCUUCUCGCCGCAGCUCGGGCUCGUCCUGUCACUCUCUGAGACGCAGCACCUUCAGUGACCAGGAACUGGACGCCCACAGCCUGGAGGACGAGGAAGACGCCGUGCACCCAGCAUUCCAUCUGCCUUCCUCACGCUUUAGCCCCUCCCCACGACACUCCCCUCGCGUCUCCCCCCGAAACUCCCCCCGCUCCAGGUCUCCGGCCCGCUCCAUUGACUACAGCCACGGCAGAGGGUCCCCACAGCCAAUGAUCAGCCGCCUCCAGCAACCCAGACACUCACUACAAGGGCACAGCCAUGACCUGCAAACCAAUGUAGUCAAGAAUGAAGAAAAGCUGCGACGUAGUCUUCCUAACCUGACGCGGACGUCGGGGGCAGUGUCCCAGAGUCCAGAGCCGGUGAAAAACAGCCGCAGCGUUGAGUCCAACCUCCAAGUGCCAAAUGGUUCACCACGCCAUCAGAAUCAGUCUGCCACAGCAGCUCCUCACUCCAGACAGCAGAGCCCCUCUUCCCGCACCUCCCCAAAAACCAAACAGCACCUCAAAAGUCCUGCUGCCCUCAGAGUCCCAUCUCCCAGUAAACUUAGGACUCCUGCCACUCCGUCACCUCUCGCCCUGAGGCAGCCUGUUAAAGCCACCUCUACCCCAAACUCUGCCUCCUCCACGCCCACACGCUCCCUGGCUACAUCCCGUUCUGGUCUACCCCGCCCCAGUGCCCCAGCAGGGGGAGGAGGAGGGAUACCUGUACCCCGCAGCAAACUGGUGCAGCCUGUACGCAGAUCUCUGCCUGCCCCACGGACCUACAGCGGGGAGAAUUGGAGAGAGGGUUGUUACUAAGGCCGACCAGUAGGGGGUACCCCAGGCUUACUUUUAAAACCGGAGGAAGACAUCACAACAUGGCACUUUACCUUCCUCAGCAUUUUUAGCCAAGAGAAGAGAGAACAAAUGUAAAGAUGGACAUUGGGGGCCCUGUGCAUUUUGUCUGAGGCGUAGAAAAACACUGGUCCUGUCACCGUCUCCUGCUCUUUCACCUCCCUCAGGUCGAGCCAAAUGCAUUUCUGACAUGUUUUUGUGUUUGGAUGUUGGUGAGGUGAUAGUCUCUAUGGGCACAUCCUAUUUCUUAAUACUUGUCUCCUCAACUCUUCAGCUGAUGAUCCCCUCUACUGAGCAGUAUCCUUUAGGUACAACCAUGUCCAUCUUGGCAGGGCUGAACAAUCAAUCAAAAGUACAAUUUUGGAUUCAGCUGUGGCUAGUACUAGUAGAGUCUAGACUCCCAGUAAGAAGGUCUGUGGUUAAAUUCCUGGUCUGGGUGGGUGGUUCAAGGUUAAUUUAGCUGGGUGGUCAAGGACCAUACCUAGCUGGAGAUGGAAAUGGCUUGCCUCCGCAGUGGCAUUGAGAAAUUGGUCAAAUUCAUAAAACAGAGACAAUAGAGUAUGUGUCACUGUACUCACAAAGUUAUGUCUUCUGCAACAGAAAUCAGUUUGCAGUCUUACUGCUACAAAACCAGCUCACUCUGUCCUUUAGGCUUUACAUAUAUACAGUACAUAAAGUAAGUUACUGUUACAUAAACACAAUAAAGGGUGGAAAUGCUAUAAUGAUAUACACAGAGUAUAUAGUUGAAUCAGAGUGAGAGAAUUUUACUGCAGAGAAAUGAGGGGCUGAGGAUUUGAAGAUGCAAGUACAGAGAAAUGUGAUUUGGCCGUGUUGACGCUGUGCAGGUGAUAUGUCCCGUUACGUUUUAUGUCCCAGGAAUUGAACAGCACCUCUAUGUGGCUACUACAUGAGUCAGUACUCUUGUGAAAUCUGCCAGAUUGUAUGCACAAAUGUUUUUUGAAAAUUAUUUAUUGAAAAUUAUUUAAGAUUCAUAUCAGUAUUUGCUUUGAUAUUUCAAUUGUUGGAACCUCAGCUGAUUUUCCAAAGUCUUCUGUUUUUUGAUCAGGGUUUAUGAUACAAAUUCACAGCCAAAGCCCCAGUGCAUUUUGUACCAAUGUUUGCCAAAAUACUAAAAUACAACAUUUUUUCAGUUCAUGUCACAACAAAGUAAUCAAAACUAUAUCAAAAUGAAGUAUUUUAUUUUGUUUCAAACCUCAAACCUGCUCAACCAUUUGAUGUCUCUAGAUAAGGCACUACAGGAUAAUAGGGAGUUUUAAAGAUAUUUUUAUAACAUUUAAUAAGAAAAAAAAAUCCGAUUUACGAAUUGAAAUUGUGAAACACAUGCUCAUUAAAUAUGUUAAAAGAAGAGCUUUAAAAAAAAAAAUCCUUAAUAUUAACAUUGAACAAUUCUAAGACUAUUAAUUCCUCCUGUUGUGCCUCUUCUUUAUGCAGAUUUAAUCCAAUUUUCUGUUGCCUGUAGAAACAGGGUGCUUUGGCUUUAUCUCUGGUGCCACGACGAAGGCGUGCCAGUGUUGGAGAGUAUGCUCUGAACUGAAGUGGUGGAUCCUAUUAUCAAACCAGUGCCUAAUUUAACAUUUUUAUUAAGUUUAACUCAUUUAUUUUGUUUGUCUUUAUUUUGUGCCAUGUUUCAUUUUGAGUUGCUGCAUCUGCUUGAAUGAUUUGCUUGCCUGCUUGAUGUUAAUAAUUGUAUUAAAAGAAACAAAAAAACAUUUAUAAUUGCUUUAAAACAAAAUAUGCGCCUUCAUAUUUAUAACUACAGUACUUAAGCAUCUGCAAAUGAAGAUAUUUAUUAAAGAGAGGUGCCUCUGUCAAAGUGUAUUUAGUGGGAGCUCAAAGGAAUGUGCAAAAAGACCACACCUUUUGUGUGACUGUUUUUGUUAUUACACUUUUUUUAUAUCUACAAACAUGAACUUGAGUUUUCCCUGUAAAGUCACAUUUAAAAAUAAAAGUGGAAAAAUUGUCUCUUCUUG